AUGGCUCUGUGCGGGCCGGCGGCGGCGGCGGCGGCGGCGGCGGCGGGGGCGGGCGCCCUGUCGCUGCCCAGCGAGCUGAUCGUGCACAUCCUGUCGUUCCUGCCGGCGGCGGACCGGCUGCGGGCCUCGGCCUCCUGCUCGCACUGGCGCCAGUGCCUCUUCUACCCGGCGCUGUGGCCGCGGCUCCGGCUCGGCCUCCGCGUCGCCCCCGCCGAGCGGCCCCGCCUCGAUUUCCUCAUGCGCAAGUGCGGCUGGUUCGUCAGGGACCUCAGGGUCGAGUUCGCCGCCGACAACUACCCGUGCGGGGCCGGGGCCGGAGGAGGAGGAGGAGGCGGUGGAGGAGGAGGAGGAGGGGAGGAGGAGGCGGCCCAGGCCCAGGCCGAGGCCCAGGCCCAGGCCCCGGCCCCGGCCCCGGCCCCUCACCUGUCCUCCCGCUGGCUCGACGUCCUCCGCACCUACCUGGACCUGGUGCUCUGCGUCCUCAGCAGCAUCCGGAACAACAGGAACCUCCAGAAGUUUAGUCUCUUUGGAGACAUAAACAUUCUACAACAACAUGGCAGUUUAUCAAACACAUACCUCAGCAAGGUGGACCCGGAUGGCAAAAAAAUUAAGCAAAUUCAACAGCUUUUUGAAGAAAUAUUGGGUAACAGCCGGCAGUUGAAAUGGCUGUCCUGUGGGUUUAUGCUGGAUGUAGUGACCCCUUCCUCGUUGUCAUCUCUUUCUAACCCUAUCGCCAACACCAUGGAACACCUGAGUCUUCUGGAUAACAAUAUCCCUGGGAACACCACUCUGAUCACUGCAGUAGAAUUGGAGCGCUUCGUGAACCUUCGUUCUCUCGCCCUGGAUUUCUGCGAUUUUACGGCCGAAAUGUCAAGAGUCCUGGCCGAAGACAACCACGUGCCUUUACAUCGACUCUCUCUCUUGGUCCAUAACAUUUCCCUGAUGCACAAGACCCUGGAUAACAUGCCAGAAGACGAGAACUGGAAGGCUCUGACACGAAACAGCACAAAUCUCCGGGUCUACAUAAUAGCUUUCGACAUCAAGAGCGAUGACAUGCUGAAGAUCCUCAAGCCCAGCAUACCACUAGAGAGGAUUCAUUUUGACAGCUACAUCACUUGUGUUUCGGGGGCCGUGGUUGACCUCAUCUCCAGGCAGUAUGACAAAUUCCUCACUCAUUUCAUACUAAUGAACGAUGUGAUAGAUAUGUCUGGUUUUCCCGAUCUUAGUGACAACCGGAAUGAAGAUCCUCUGGUCUUGUUAGCAUGGAAGUGCACGAGGCUCUCUCUCCUGGCAGUUCACGGUUACACUGUCUGGGCUCACAACCUCAUUGCCGUGGCCCGUCUUCGGGGCUCCAACCUGAAAGUGCUGGAAGUCACCGAGGAGAGCAUCGACUUUGAUCAAGGGGAACUGGCCGACCAGGAUGUCGAUCCGGUGCACAACCUCAUCGAGCAGGUAUCCCUGGGCCUGGGCCGGCCUUGGCACGCAGUCAUGGACAUCGAGCUGCUCAGUGUCUUCACCGAGCCCAACCGCCAUUUUUACAGAGAGAUGCAAAGCUUCAGUGAAGGCAUUUAGUUUUUGUUUUGCUUUUCGUUUCGGUUUUUUUUUUUUUUGCCUUUUUUUGCCCUUUUUUUUUUUUUAAAUCUAAGAUUCCUGUGGUUACAUAUGCAAGUAGGGUCCUAUUAUGUUUCUCAGUAGUGUGAAUUAACCCCCUUGUGCUGUGUUUAAUCAGUAUUAGCUCUAUAGAAUUAUAUAUGUAUAUUCUACUUCUUGAUCAAAGAACGUAGUCGGGUAUUGGUUUAGAAGUUGAAAGUGGCAACGUUUAGGGCUUUCACGGUUAAUGGAUCUGUCCACCGACCCUUAAAGAUGUUCGGCCAAAGGUCAUCUGAGGUUGCCGGCUAACUUUACCUUCCACUGAGGGACUCUGCGUUUUCAGUGUCUCGGCUUUUGUGCGGCAGAGUUCUGAACUCAGGAACCAAAUUGUUUUUUAUACAUGUAUAAAUAUAUAUAUAUAUAUAUAUAUAUAUAUAUAUAUGUAUAUAUCUCCAUAGCCCGGCGGGUUUCUGCGCAAUGCAUUGUAGUCAUGCAUUCUGGUCGCAUGUCAUUGGUUUUGCUAUCACAACAGAAAGGUCAGAGGAGAGUGGGACCCCAGCCGAUCCAAGGUAACAGUAAAGCCAAGACUUGAAACUACAUUUCCCACGGGACAGUCAGCGUGCCCACCACCACGGGGGGUUUUUUUAUCGUCAAGCCAGUGGCUAGGCCACGGAUUAGUCUCUCUCUCGCUCUCUCGCUCUCUCGCUCUCUCUCUUAUUUGCCUGAAUGAGAAGCUCGCCCUCCCCCUUCCCCCGAAAAAUAUUUGGGUGUCCUUUCUGUUCGUGUUUUUGGUUAAUUUUUUCCACCGUUUCCAUCUCACUCUCUUGGUGAUUACAUCGUCCACCGGAGUUAGCUUUUAGCCCAGAUCUCAAGCGGAGGAGAGGGAGAGAAGGAAUUGGUAUUCCCCCGGGGUUUCAGACCUCUCCAAGCAACCAAGCAGAGUGACCCCUCCCGCUCCCAAACAAACAUUAGUCGUGAAAUCCCUAGCAACAAGUCACUGGAUUUUCUCUGUCAGCGCCUGUGUCAGCUGCCAAAGAAUAGAUUCCAAACGAAGAAGUGCCCACAUGCUGGCAGGGGCCGAGGCCAACUGGUGGCCAGCCAGAUCCUGCUAGAUUGUAAUAUAUAAGGUCGAAUUUCGACCUGUGGUACACAGCUAUGCUGUGGCUCAGUCAGCAACCUCAGAACUCUUAAAACAAACAUGCACCUGUUUCACUGUGAAUAGUGAAUGGAAAGGAAGGGAAGGAAGAAUUCCAAGCUUGUUCUAUCACAGGUAUGAGCUGCUAAGAUGCAUGAAGAACAUUCCACGAAGUAUGUUUUAAAAUCUUGUUCUCUCUGAGAGGCUUUAAAAGCCGAUUUAAACUGUUUCAGGGCAACCGCGGUACAGACGUGGUCUCUGUGAGACUUCCACCUGACCCCAGUUUUAAGCGGUACGAAUGUUGUGCAUUUAAUGUUAAAGGACAGUCUGCAAUAAUAUUAAUCCAGCCAGUGGCCAUCGUGGGUGCCCAGCAGUGCUGAGACCUGGCUGCUCUAGUGUAAGCUUUGGAAAACACAAUUUAUGCAACAGAUGUCCAGAUAUGAUUCUAUUUAUGGAAAAAGUUUAUAUGUGUUUUACAAAUGGUUUUACCAUCUUAUAUUAAAAUGACCUUUUGACAGGUGUGCGCUGUUUUGUCUCCAGCGAGCACAUACCAUGCGGAUUUUAUAUGUACAUCAGUAGCGAAUCCACUGGCACAGUGUGUGUGUUCUAUGCCAGAUGUGGUGAGAUUUUAUCUUGUAAGUGUGAUCAGAUUCCAAAAAACUCCUGACAGAAACUGUAAGGAAACCAGCCGAAUGUUUGACCUGAUGACUGAUGUUGUUUGGUUUAUGUUAACUGUAUGUUCUUUUAAUCGAUGAAUAAAGCAUUCAAAGUUG